GUGGAGUUGAUAAAGGCGGUGGUCUUGGCGUUGAUAAUUAGUUACAUAAAUAUAUUGAUGCGUGCGUGGGACAGGCCGACAGGUGCCACCAGUGCCAUCUGCUGCGGAGGAGGACGACUGAACCCGACUUGGGUUAAAUUUUGGAUACAGAGGCCAGCUGCGGGACGCACGCGGAGUGGAGGACCAGCAAGUCAAAUCGUUCCCAUAUACCCCCCCUCACCACCGUCUACCAAAUACCCCAGCUGGCCAUGUCUCAGCAGCAGCAAUCCGUCCUCGUCGCAUGCAAGAACGUUCCUGAUGCUAAACAACUGGAGUACGAGGAACUUGGCCUCCGCCCUGCAGACUCACCACCAGUCCCUGCUCUGUGCGGCAUUCCAUUGAAGUAUAUCUCUCUCAUCACUCUCGCCGUGCAAAACUCGUUGUUGACGAUUAUAAUGCACUACUCUCGUGUGCACAUCCCACCAUCUCAGUCGUACUCCGCACCAACAGCAGUCUUGCUUAAUGAGCUCCUCAAGGGUGCAAUAUCUCUGGCCAUUGCAUUCACUCGUAUGGAUCGUCCAGCCUCAUACGGGACCGACGCGCCCCAACCUAGCUUGACGUCUGGUCGCUUCUGGCACUCAUCUAGGGUGCUUUUACGGUCACGAAGACUAGCAAGGGAGGUUUUCAGCCCAGAUUGCUGGAAGUUAUCAAUACCUGCAAUCCUAUACGUUAUCCAAAAUAAUUUGCAGUAUGUUGCUGCGACCAAUUUAGAAGCAGCCACCUUCCAAGUUAGUUAUCAAAUGAAGAUUCUCACAACGGCCGCGUUCUCCGUCUUACUUCUUCGAAAACAACUCAGCGCCAGUCAAUGGGUUGCACUUUUCUUCCUUGCCAUUGGCGUUGGUAUCGUCCAGAUACAGACCGGCACCAGUGGUACCGCCAAGGCAGCUUCUUCCCUCUUGUUCCAGGGCGCGUCCAUGAAUGCUGUCAAGGGGUUCCUCGCCGUUGUCGCAGCUUGCUUUACGUCUGGUCUCGCAGGCGUCUACUUCGAGAUGGUUCUUAAAAAUUCCCAAUCUGACCUUUGGAUACGUAAUGUUCAGCUUUCCGCCUUCUCUCUACUUCCUGCUCUCGUACCGAUCAUCCUUGCACAACGUCCAGACGCAGGCUUCACCAGCUCUCUAUUCCGAAACUUUGGCGGUUGGGCUUGGGCCACCGUCGCUAUUCAGGUUCUUGGAGGUCUCGUCACCGCAAUGGUCAUCAAGUAUUCAGACAACAUCCUCAAGGGUUUUGCCACUAGUUUGAGCAUCGUCAUAUCUUUUUUGGCAUCUGUUGCGCUCUUCGACUUCUGCAUUACGUUUACUUUCAUCCUGGGCUCCGUCAUCGUUCUAAUCGCUACCUGGCUGUACAAUCAACCGAACCGCAGCAGUGCUCCAUCGCGGCUUGGUUACACCGCGGUCAAAACGUAGAUUCAUUGAGUGGCUAGUUCAUAUUCACUGAUGAAAGUAUGAAGCAGGGGAUGGCACAGAAACAAUAAUCAUUUUAGGGGGCGUAUCACCUGGGUGCAUCGCUAUACCUGCCACUUCUCUUUGGACCUUCUACGCUUAUUGAGAACACUUUAUUGCCAUAAGCUUUACUUUCUUUUCUACAUCGGACUGCGGACGGUCCUACACUACACUAACCUCCGUAUUUAACCGAA